UUAUCGCGCACAAGCAGGCGCGUAAACCGCGCGGCGCUAUCCACGGCAUCUCAACACACGCACGCACACUCUCUCUCACACACACACACACAAACACACACGCCUCCGCCCGUGAGAGCUCCGCAGACCCGCGAGCAGCAGGUUGUUUUCUCGAGCGAUGCCCGCCACAGUCCGUCUGCUCACGGAGAGAAGACCAAAAGGAUGACAUGCUCCCACCUGAGCCGAUUGUUGGCGCUCUGCGUGAUAUUCUGCGCCACGCGAGACGUCCAGGGCGCGCGAGAUUUCGAAAAAAAGGUGGCUCUGAUGCUGAAAGAGGAGCCAGAGAACCCAAAAUGCUUCGUGGAGAGCAGGAAGGACUUAACAUGCUUCUGGGAGGAAGACGAGGAGAGGGCCGGCUCCGUGGACCAGUACUCCUUCACAUACACGUACCAGAACGAGAACGCCAGCAGCUGCCCGCUGAGCGCGCUGCCGGCGGCUGGCGGCAAGCGGCUGUUCGUCUGCCGGCUGGACCGCCCCCAGAUGUUCGUCCAGAUGGACGUGAGGGUCCGGCGAGAGGAAACGCUGAUCCACAGCCGCAGCCUCUUCAUCGAGCUCGUCUUUCUUCUGGACCCUCCGGCCAACGUGACGGCGAGCAGCGCGGGCCAGGGAGGCCAGCUGAACGUCAGCUGGGUGGCUCCGCCUCUCAGGUACAUGGACGACAGCAUGAUGUACGAGGUCAGCUGCGAGGCGGCGGCGGACGGCCAUGCGGGGAAGGUCGUGAGGACCCAAGCCAGCUCGCAGCUGGUCCUGAGGGGCCUGCGGCCCGUCACCAGGUACAAGGUGCAGGUCCGGGUCAAGUUGGACGGGAUCAGCUACAACGGCUUCUGGAGCGCCUGGAGCGACCCGGUGUUCGUGGAAACGCCGCCGGCAGAACUGGACCUGCUCAUCGUGUCCCUGACCCUCAUCAUCUCCUUCAUCCUCAUUGCCCUGUCGGUCACCAUGCUGCUGUCCCAACGGAGGUUGGUCAAAAACAAGAUUUGGCCCGUUAUUCCGACUCCCGACAGCAAGUUCCACGGCCUCUUCAGUGUCUACGGCGGGGACUUCAAGGCGUGGCUGGGUCAGACCGGCGGAGGCCUCUGGUCGACCCCGCAGUCCUUCUACUCAGAGGAAUGCCCGUCUCCUCUGGAGGUCCUGUCGGAGCUCGGCCCCGCCCCGCCCCCCACGGCCCCCGGUAGAAAGGAGGAGGACGGCGACGCCGUGAGAGGGCUGGACGAGGGAGAGCCGUCGGAGAGCGGCGCCCCGGCGCCGGUGGAGCGCUGGACAGCUGCGCCGCAUGACCCCUGGCUGAUGGACCGCUUGAGGGAGCUCCACCGGAACCAGAAGUCCUCCCCGCUGGAGUCCCAAGACGCCUACGUCACGCUCAGCGGCGACAACCACGGGGACGAGGGGGGCCACCCGGACGCCGCCCUCGAGGAGGCCUCGCCGCUCGAGGUGCUGUUCGCCCGCGGCAAGACGGCGUCGUGCGAAUCUCACUCCGACCUGGGGUCGGCGCCGCGGAGCUCCGGGUUGGGCGGCCUCUCGUCGCAGAGCAGCUUCGAGGACCCGAACCAGCGCAAAGAGCCCGGGUACACCUACAUGGCGGUGGCGGACUCCGGGGUCUCCAUGGAUUACAGCCCCAUGAGCCGAGGAGACGACAUCGGAAUCGUGGCGAUCUCCGCCAACGAGUACGAGAACCAGAUCCCGGGCCUCAGGAGACCCUUCAGGCCGAGCCAGCACCCCGACGGCUGAGGGAGCGGAGCGCGUAGGCCGAGCCCCCGGGCAGGGAAGGGCGGGGUUUAUGGAUAUCCACCCAAAGCUACAUCGCCUCUGGACGACUGCUAGAAAGGUGUAGCGAGGAUCUGAAGGCACAGUGAGCGAGCUGAAGGACUCGGGGAGUCGGCUGGAUGUGAAUCCUGUACAUCGUCUCUGCAGAAAAUACUGAUAUUCAGUGAAGUCUGCAUGCUAAUAUAUAUACUUAAAUAUAUAUAUCUAUAUAUACAUAUACUUUUAUAUAUAUACUUAUAUAUAAAGAUAUACUUAUAUAUAUAUAAGUAUAUAUAUAUUUAUAUAAAUAUUAUAUAUUUAUAUAUAAGUAUAUACAAGUAUAUAUAUUUAAGUAUAUAUAUACAUAUAUAUAUUCUUAAAUAUACAUACUUCUAUAUAAAGAUAUACUUAUAUAUAUAUAUGUGUAUAAAUAUUUAAGUAUAUAUAUAUAUACUCACCAAAUUUAAAUUGAGGGUGUUCAUAAUUCAUAUUUGAGCUCAGUGUAUUUUUAAAGCCUUCGGGUUAAAUGACAGAACACGUACGCAUGUGUAAUAAUUCACUGUUGAAAAUAGUCCUCAACAAAUGUAUGAUUUACUCCCGUUGGAUUCACAUUUGCUUAGAAUUAAAACAAAUAUUGUCCAUGAAACAUAUCUUUGAGCAGUUUGGAGAGAUUCACUUAAACCCAGAGGGCUGGAGGUUAAAGGUCAUUAUGAUGAAUCCAAAUGAUCAGACUCAAAGGUUUCAUAAAUUAUUAAACAUCUGUCAAAGUCAUGAGCCAGUAAGUCAAAAGUCACUGACAUGCCUCAGUCGGUUCAUGAGCUUCUAUAAGUUAGAUAACAUUUAAACGCCUUCAAAGUAAAACCUCACUCGCUGUACAUAUCAGACAAUCUAAGAGGUCGAGUUUUUCUAUUGUUUAAGAUUAGAAUGAGUAUCACUGGCUGACACAUCUGAUGCGUUUUCUUUUUGCGUUUGACAACCAAUGUAAUUAUAUAUAUAUAUUUAUAAUAUAUGAGGGAUAUAUAUAUUAUAUUUAUAAUAUAUAUACACAUGUAUAAUAUAUAUGAGGGAUAUAUAUAUAGUUUACACAUGUCAAAUGUUGAGAUGGAAGAAGUUUUAAUUAUAAAAUGGUAAAUUGCAAUGUUUACUUCAGUGAAGAGCUCACAUGUCUCUCCAUAUGUGUGUAACUCCUUGUGACGCUCCUCUGACCUCACAGCUCAAAAUGUUGACUCAUCUCAGUUAGUGGAGCUCAAACUUGUCGAUUUAAGAAGUUUAUUCAUCUGCAGAAAACUAAUCUAUAUUAAAAAGUAGUUUUUCAUGCAAAGAUGACCAUGUUGGGACAUAAACCUGAUUAGUCAAAUUACUCAAUUUAUGGAAACUACUGGACGAGUUUGGAUUAAUUGGGUUUUAUCAGCUCAUAAAUAUGACUUAGCAUCCCACAAUGUUCUUCAGAUAUUUAGUUUGGUCCUAAAACUAGAAUAUUAAUCGUCUCACUUUAAAAUACCUGUAACAUUAUAAAUCAAACAGCUCACACCUAAACUUAUAUGGAGCCAUUAAAAUGUAAUAUUCCAAAUUGGAAGAAACUCACUGUACGUGUAAAUUGUAUCAUGCCGAUUUAUUAUAUCAGAGUAUUCUGGAUCAAACGAAUAAAGUAUACUUAGUACUACA